AUGGCUGAUCGUGGAUCAUUUACACGGCGCAGGCCUGAUCUUGAAUUCUACCUGCACCGUGUUUUUCGCAAAAAGUCCUUCCGUCCCCUCCAGCGAGAAGUGAUAUCAGCAGUUGUUGAAGAUCACGAUGUCUUCCUUCAGGCGUCGACAUCCUUCGGGAAAAGUUUAUGCUUUCAGCUUCCAGCAGUCAUCAGCAAUGGAUUGACUAUUGUCAUUUGCCCUCUCCUGGCCCUUAUGAUGGAUCAAGUUAAUGCUCUCCAAGCCAUAGGAGUCGCUGUUUCAACAAUCAAUUCCAACACAUCAUUAGCAGAGCGACGGCUUAUACUAGAUGACAUGCUUUCCGGGCAUCCACGUACACGUCUUCUGUAUGUGACCCCAGAACUCUGUCAAACAGACAGCUUUCGCCGGAAUCUUCAAGUCGUCCAUCGACAGGGUCAACUGGCUCGCGUUGCCAUCGAUGAAGCCCAUUGUAUCAGUGAAUGGGGUCAUGACUUCCGCCCAGCCUACCAAGAACUUGGAUGGUUUAGAAAGAAUUUGCUCAAUCCUGCUGUUCCCAUCACAGCUCUUACGGCAACUGCCACUCCACGAGUUCGCACGGAUAUUAUCAACAUGCUGGGUUUAGAUCCCACAAAACUCAAACUCUUCAAUACCCCAUCUGCCCGUCCUAAUAUUCACUACGAAGUUCGAUAUCUGGAGAACUCCGGGGAGGAUGAAGAUUACCAAGUGGAAAACCUUCUACGAUACCUUAAGGCUAUCCGCAAAAGACGAGAAGCUCGUCUAGGUGCCGAAGAAGCUGCUCGUCAGCCACCAGUCUCAGGAAUAGUGUAUGUCGGUCUUCGUGCGAUGGCAGAGCAUCUCGCAAGUCGCCUAUCCCAGGAAAAAAGUAUUUCAGCAGUAGCCUACCACGCAGGCUUAGCAUCACAAGACCGAACACGCAUCCAGGCACUGUGGACCGCUCCUCAAGCACCUUCACAAAAUAGCGGUGGUAAACAGGUACCUACGUUCUCAAUAAUCGUUGCUACCAAUGCUUUUGGCAUGGGAAUCGAUAAUUCGCACGUCCGUUUCGUUGUGCACUGGACACCUCCGCGCAGUUUCGAGGGCUUCGUUCAAGAAUCAGGUCGAGCAGGUCGGGACGGACGUGCAGCUGCUUCUCUUGUUUAUUACAAUUUGCAAGAGCGAGAUCGAAUUGUUGAUCGUAUGAACCGGGAUACGGAAAAUAUGCGCAAUCGUGGGCCCAAGCCUUUGAUUGCGAGUUUGAUGAAGAAUCAGGAGGCACGUCUGGAUAGUUUUAAAAAAGUCGUGCGGUACUGCGAAAGCGUGAUCAGAUGUCGACAUGACCUGAUUAAGGAACUGUUUGGUGACUUCGAACUGGAAGAAAUGGGCUCGCAGCAGCCACCGUCGUCGCAGGCGCCUAGAGCAGCUGGAAUGGGUCUUCCGGGUUCAACGCCUUGUGAUUACGCUUGUGAUUUCUGUAAGGAGGGUCGUGUGGCUCUUGGGAAACGGAAGAGGAAAAUGUACUCGUGCAUGUCCGAGUAUAUGAUUGAUGAAGGAUAUGUUUAA